AUGGCAGUAGGAUUCCGCCGGACGCUGCACGCGCUCACGUCGCCCAAGCCCAAGGCGCCGUCGUUCCUCCUGGACUGCGCGCGCCCCAAGAAGCUCUCCUACGCGCGCGUCCGCUCCAUCAGCCUCCCGGUGCGCCUCCACCCGCUGGUGGCGGAGCUGCACGACACGGCGCGCGCGCUGCUGCGGUGGGCGGACGAGCCCGCGCAGACGGGGCCCGCCUGGGUCGCCGACGGGUCCGGCCGCGCCGGGCGCGUCCUGGCCGGGCUGGCGGGCCUCCUCCACCACCCGCAGGCCCGGGACGCGCUGCGCCGGCCCUGGACGGAGCAGCUCCUCGACGACCUGCUCCUCCUCGCCGACCUCCACGGCUGCUUCCGCGAGUCCCUCGUCGCGCUCCGCCAGCUCCUCAACGAGACGCACUCGGCGCUGCGUCGCCGCGACGGCGUCCGCCUCGCCGCCGCGCUGCGCGCGCAGCGCCGCGCGGCGCGGGAGGUGUCCCGCCUGGCGUCCUCCGCGCGGGACCUCGCCCACCGCGCGUCCCCCGGGGACGACCUGGACGAGGUCACGCUCGCCGACGCCUUCGCGGCGGCCACGGCCGCAGUGGCCGCCGCCUCCGCCGCCAUCUUCUCCGGCCUCUCGUCCGCGUCCGCCGAGUCCGCCGCCAGCGCCGCGCCGUCCCCGCGCACCCCGACGCCCUACUCCCCGUCCCCCGCCCGCGCCCCCACCAGCCCGAUGUGGCUGGUCACGGACCUCCUCUGGCGGCGCCGGUCCGUGUCGUUCUCGUUCGAGGACUGCUGCAACGAGGAGGAGGAGGAGCGGAAGGCGGCCAUGGGCCGCGUGCGCGCGCUGGACGAGUGCGUCGGCGCCGCCGAGGCCAGCGUCGAGCAGGUCUACCGCGCGCUCGUCAACGCCAGGGUGUCGCUGCUCAACCUGCUCACGCCCACAUUCUGA